CACCGGAGCGAUGACGAUAAAGUACUUGUACAAGUCUACUUAUGACAGCCAAUUAUCACGGGUACCAGUAUGCAAAUGUUUUCGCGUAGAGAGUCCAUGGCGUGCGGAUACCAGUGGACUGUUGCUAUGGUCACAUUAAGGUGUUUGCUUGUCACUACGUGCAGUAAAUAACUACACGAAACGACCCCGUUAUAUCAAUCACAUCGCAAAGUUGAUCGCCAUUUUGUGUUCAGAACGCAUCGCCCGCCGUUUGGUUGUUAGAGGUACAACGUCUCACGUCAACAUAAACAGACACAUGAAGGUACACGAAGAAGAGUUUCUAACUUCAUAAUUUAGACAGAUUUACCUCUGCAAAUUCCACCAACUAAAAAGAAGUGAAUUCAACUUGGUUAUCGUUACGUUUUUAUACGCAACAUAAAAAUCGUUCUUCUGCUGUUUUGAUUUGAUCUCCAAUUCCGUCAAGAUGAGUGUAGCAAAGGGAACCAGGAGCCACACGAAACCCAUAAUUGCAGAUGCUUUCACAGUUAAAUCACAAAUGAAAAAUGCACAAGUUAUCAGCCCGAAGAAAGCUGGUGCUUUCGUUCAAUCUCCGGGAAAGCCGACAGAAUUCAGGAAGUUCUACGAAAGAGGAGACUUCCCAAUCGCUCUCGAGCAUGAUACAAAAGGCAACAAGAUCGCAUGGAAGGUGGAGAUAGACAAGCUCGACUACCAUCACUACCUUCCCAUGUUCUUCGAUGGACUCAAGGAAACAGCUCACCCCUACGAGUUCUUCGCUCGGCAAGGUGUUCACGACAUGCUGGAGCACGGCGGCUCAAACAAAAUCCUUCCAGUUAUCCCUCAGUUAAUCAUCCCCAUCAAGGAAGCCCUAAAUCUGCGGAAUCCCAAAGUUCUCUGUACGACGCUGAAGGUCCUUCAACACUUGGUUGUAUCGGCCGACAUGGUCGGAGAGGCGCUCGUUCCGUACUACCGACAAAUCCUUCCUAUCCUCAACACCUUCAAGGCACAGAACCUGAACAUCGGAGACGGCAUCGACUACGGACAGCAGAAGAGGGAGAAUGUCGGAGAUCUUAUUCAGGAAACGUUAGAAGCGUUUGAGAAACACGGUGGCGACGAUGCAUUCAUUAACAUUAAAUAUAUGGUGCCAACCUUUGAAUCAUCAGUUCUCAAUUAAAUGUAUGUAAAAAUGUUUAUUAACUGAAUUUUGGCAGCAAACAAUCCAGUUUAAAAAAGGCAUCAAAGUUGUACUGGUAGUGCAAAGAAAAAUUUGUAAAUAUUAUUGACAUCACCUUCAUUUUGAAGAACAAAAGUUUGUUUGUUGCCAAACAUCGAAAUAUUGUCACCAAUCAACACUGAUCCAUAACUGUGAUUAUUUUUCAUCGACUGGUGUGUUCCUUUUACCCAAGAAGAAACUGCUGGUUUAGUUUUGGGUCCAGGAAGUUUCGUAAAGAAGAAUUUGUAACAAUGUUUGAAUGGUGGUUACACUCAAGGAAUAAGUAACUAUGUCAGUAAAAUAAAUUAUUAAAAUCUUCUCGAAUGAAAAAGAAAUGAAUUGGGAGCAAAUAAUCUAGUUGAGAACAUUCAUUCCUUAAGUUUUCUUAGUUCAAACAAAAAAAUGGAAUUGAUCUGUGCGAGUAUUGCUAAAUACAGCUGUUUUAUUGCCCCAAAACAGCACAAAACUUAAAUCUUGGACGUUUGUUAAGUUUAUACGGCAGUUUGAAAAGAAAAGUCAAUUUUGAAAAUCAGUCUGGAAUUUUUAUACAACAAAUAAUUUUUUUGGAAUUCCGUCCAUAAUUUUGAUUUUAAAUAAAUUCUUUAUUAAUAUGCAUUGUUUUCUUCCAAAUGAGCCGUCCAUUUAUAAAAACCAAACCAAAAAUAAGAAAAGCAAAGUGCUAAAAUGAGUCUAAAUUGGAAAGUUCUGAAUAAUAUAGAAACUUCUAUCUUAAAUUGCAGUUUGUAAUUACCUUAGAACUAUGACUUCACUUUCAUACAGGGUACACUUGUGGUUAUUUCUCAAAACUGAAUGAUCUUAAAAACUUGGUAAAGAGCACUGGAGAGCUGGUGAUGUUAUAACAUAUUAUUAGAAAUAAUAUCCUUUGAGGUAAUUAUGGUUUUAGAGCUUGAAAGAGGUAAUUUGUCACAAACAAAUUUGAAUCUUCUUAAAAGGCUGCAGGCAUGAAGCAUUCGAAAGCACCCAAUUCUUAAUGUAUGCACCAAUGGCGUUUUUUAUUUCAUUAUUUUCUUGCAAUGACCAAUUGAGCCCAAAUUUUCAAAAGCUUGUUAUUUUAUUGUCA